AUGGUUUACGAGGCGACCCUUCGUAUCCCCGACGCCUUCUUCCCGCCUUCGUCCCCAGCGUGUCCCACUGACAUGACGUCUUACGUCGACCGUCUACGGUCCGCACUCGGCCACCUCCAGUCUCAUCCUCCCCGGUCUUGCUCACCCGCAACCUUGCAGCACCCUCUCCUGCAGACGACCACUAACGUUUUUGUGCGUCACGACGGGGUGCGCAAGCCUCUUCAGCCCCCAUACGACGGACCUUAUCUGGUCACACAUCGUGGUCCCAAGCAUUUCACCCGGCAAAUCGCCGGCCGCACGGAAACCGUAUCCGUGGACCGGUUAAAGUCGGCAUUGCUGGACGACCAAGCUUAUCGCCCCUUCUCAGUAACACCGGCCGUGCCGCCUCAUUCUUCACCUUCGGCCCUACCUUCUACGUCCACCACUCACCGUCGCUUGGUUUGGUUUGGUUUGGUUUGA